AUGAUGUCGUGUAUCGGGUCCACGCGUUUCGCCGAGGACGUGCCUCGCACCCCCGAGGCGCAAACUGCAUACGAACCAAGUACACCCGAGAACCCCGAAACCAACAUGAAAAGUGAACUGUCGGACUUUGAACAGCAGCGUUUGGCAAACAUUGCCGAGCGCGAUGCGCUGUUGAAGAAACUUACCCUCGAGUCGCAAUCCUCGGGACUGUUCGCAAGCCCUAAGACUCCCGGCAGCAAUGGCACGAAACCGAAAAAGCGCCCGGCUCCUAAAGUGAAGACCGAGGAAGAUACCACGCCCCGGCGUACAUCCUCGCGGCUCAAGGGAAUUGCGGCCGAAAGUGAAGUAGCGAAGCGCAAGGCCGACGACGAGUAUGAGGCGAUGCGCGAAGCGGAUAGAAUCAAGAGGAUGCGCCGGACAGACUCGUUCAGUCAAGCGGAUAUGUUUGUUUCGGGCCAAAAGCUUAGUGCGGAUAGCCUGAUCGCCGUGGAUGUUAUCACCAAGGGUGUUGCGAAGCCCUAUGAGAGGACCUUUGGGGACGAUGAAAUUGAGAAGACGACGGACAAAGACCUAAAGGCCCUUCGGGAGGAGAUGAAUGGGCUUCAAUUGUGGGAAUCUUGGGACCCUCAGCGGAUCAAGAUUACCCCAGAGCGUGUGUACAGUAUGGCUUUUCACCCGUCCGAAUCCAAACCUCUUAUAUUCGCAGGCGACAAACUGGGCCAUCUGGGCAUGUUGGACGCUUCGCAGGAAAAGCCCCUGGCAGGCGAGGACGAUGACGAAGAUGAGGACGACCCAGAUCCAGUACUCACCACAUUGAAGCCACAUACCCGGACCAUUAGUGCAAUGAUGGUCAACCCCUCAAAGCCGACGCAUUUGUACACUGCAAGUUACGACAGUUCGAUUAGAUCACUGGACUUGGAGAAAAUGGUCUCUUCAGAGACCUAUGCUCCCGAGUCCACUAACAUUGACGAGGCGCUUUCCGGAGUAGACAUGUCCCCAGAUGACCCUAACACCUUGUACUGGACUACACUCCAAGGUGGAUUCGGACGAUAUGACACGCGAACGCCGCGGAAAGACAGCAAUGUGUCGAACUGGGAUCUUUCUGAGAAGAAGAUCGGGGGCUUCACACUGUGUCCCUCCCAGCCGCACUACUUCGCCACGGCAAGUCUGGAUCGAUUCCUGAGAUUGUGGGAUCUGCGCAAGCUCUCGCCUAAAAGUCCUACCCCUGUUGCUGAGCAUGAAAGCCGGCUCUCGGUUUCUCACGCAGCUUUCAAUGCUGCUGGGCAGAUUGCUACUUCGUCCUACGAUGACACAUUGAAGAUAUACGAUGUGGGCGCGAAGGGCUUCUCUUCGUGGAAGCAGGGCCAUAAGCUUUCAGAAAAGGAGUUUACCCCGGACACUGUUGUCCGACACAACUGCCAGACUGGCCGCUGGGUUACUAUUCUCCGCCCCCAAUGGCAAGUGAACCCACAAUCUCCCAUCCAGCGCUUCUGUGUCGGCAACAUGAACCGCUUCGUCGACAUUUACAGCAGCAGUGGGGAUCAGCUCGCCCAGCUGGGUGGUGAUGGUAUCACCGCUGUUCCUGCUGUGGCUGUGUUCCAUCGUAGCAAGAACUGGGUUGCUGGUGGCACCGCUAGUGGGAAGCUCUGCUUAUGGAAGUGA